UUUGGUCCAGCAACCGAUGUUUGCUGGUGGCUUUGUCUCUAUCCCUCCAAAGCAGCAGCAGGUAGUCUGAUAGGCGAUAGCGAUACCAUUCCUUCCUCCACGGAGCGAUGGAAGACACGACGCCGUCCGCCGACGAGAGGCCGCUGGUGCUCCUGGGGCAGCCGCUCUUCCCGGAGUUCGCCGCCGCGCUGGCCGGCCGCUUCCGGUUCGUCCUGGUCGCGGACGCCGACGCCGCGACCCUGGCCCAGGGGAGGGCGCUGCUCAUCGGGCUCAACCCGGUCACGGACGACCACCUGGCCGCGCUCCCGGCGCUCGGGCUCGUGGCGGGCAUCUCCGUGGGCGUCAACCACGUCGACCUCGCCGCCUGCCGGCGCCGCGGGAUCGCCGUCACCAACGCAGGUGCCGCCUUCGCGGUCGACACGGCCGACUACGGCGUCGGGCUCGUCGUCGCCGUGCUCCGCCGGUUGGCCGCCGCCGAGGCCCACGUCCGGGCCGGCAGGUGGGCGGCCGACGGCGACUAUCCUCUCACCACCAAGGUGAGCGGCAAGCGGGUGGGGAUCGUGGGGCUGGGCAACAUCGGCUCCCGCAUCGCGCGGCGUCUCGCCGCCUUCGGCUGCGCCGUCUCCUACAACUCGAGGUCGCCCAAGCCGUCGGCGCCGUACGAGUUCGUCCCGGCCGUGCGCGACCUCGCCGCCGGCAGCGACGUGCUGGUGCUAUCCUGCGCGCUGACGGAGGAGACGAGGCACGUGGUGAACGGGGAGGUGAUGGAGGCGCUGGGGAAGGACGGCGUGCUGGUGAACGUCGGCCGCGGCGGCCUCGUGGACGAGCCGGAGCUGGUCCGCUGCCUGCAGGAGGGCGUCAUCGGCGGCGCCGGCUUGGACGUGUUCGAGAGCGAGCCGGACGUGCCGCCGGAGCUCUUCUCCAUGGACAACGUCGUGCUUUCGGCCCACAGGGCCGUGGCCACGCCGGAGUCCAUCCGCGGCACGAUCGAGCUCGUCGCGGCCAACCUCGACGCCUUCUUCGCAGGGAAGCCACUGCUCAGCCCCGUGGAGCUCUGAGACAAGGACACCAUCUGUCUGCGGUCCGAUGUGGUCUGAAUAAAUUGCAGAACUCCUUGAUGUAUUUGUAGUUCAGUGUAAUCCAGUCUCUGAGUGAAUAAAAUCUGUGAGCAAUCGGUCAGUAA